AUGAGCUCAAUUGAGUUGGCGGGCUUGAGCCGCAGGAUCCGCUCCGUGAGGAGAAGUUUGAGAAGACAGCUGGAUGAGUCGCAAGGCUCAUGGAGCGGCCUCUCUGCUUCAUGCGUGAGACAGGCGCUCCUGGUCUACCUUUGGAGCCAAGCAAAGACGUCGCAUCAUGCUUUGGACGCCGCGGCUACCUACCUCGCUCGCGCUGCUCCUCUGGUGAUUGUGCAGGUGGCCGUGUCGGCGAAGGAUGCCUUCGAUGCUUUGUUUGCCGCUACUUCGGCAGCGUUGAUGGCUCGGUUGAGCACAGACCCACCUGCAUCGGAGCUGUACCGGGCUUGUGAUUUCAUUAUACAAUACCUGCUUCAUGAUUGGGUCAGGUCUCAAAAUGUCGAGUAUGGAGUGGCCCCCACAAGGCAGCAGUUAGUAAGACAGGCUUUGCUCUUUGUUCCGGACGGCCUUCCAGAGGCUGUAGAGAACCGCCUGUGUUUGCCUUUCUAUGGUGGCCCUCCAUCCCAACGGGCAUAUUUGAGACGUUUUCGGAAAGCUUGGAACGGGCGCAUAGGCACCUUACCUGUCACAGCUUCUUUGCCAAUCCAUGUGUUGCAGGAGAAGGCCUAUUCUUUUUACCGGUGGGCCAACUGCAUCCCGCCAGACAAUAUUUUGGUCAACAUGGAUGAAUGUUCUUUGGCUGUGCACGUGGAAGGGUGCCGAGGUACUGUUUUGCGGUCUGUACGUGGUGCAGUGCGAGCAUCUUUGAGUACCCAGAGGUCCCGGAUGACGCUCUUAGCAUCAGUGUCUACAGACUUCGGUUUCAACGCAAUCUUGCCGCAGGUUAUCAUUGCCAACAAGACCCAGUUUCCCAUCAAAUUUAUGAAGUCCUUGGAUCCGGCAAUCACGGAUCGAUUGAAAAUUUGGCGUGGUGCCACCGCAUGGAAUACUGCUGCAUUCAUGUGUUCCUAUUUGCGUCUUCUACAUGAAAAUUGGCAAUCUUACUGCCCUGAAAAGCCUUUGACGCUCCUCUUCGACUGUGCUGCAUGCCACCUCCAUUCUACUGUGAGGUCAUUGGCCAAAACAUUGGGGUUGCAGGUCCUAGUGGUGCCGGCUGGUGCUACCGGUACACUUCAACCGCUUGAUGCAUAUAUUUUUCGCACCCUACGCUGUGAGAUCCGGCGGCAGUGGACGCAGACAAAGAGCGAAGCUGCUGAAGGUGUUGUUUCCCGAGAAGCAUGGCUACGUGUGAUGGCCACUGCAGUGGAGACAGUGCUUUCGCAUCGAGAUUGGCAGCGGGCUUUUGAAGGAACUGGAGUGACCAAGCAGCAGAAUUGCAUAUCGUCGCAUGCAUUGAAAGCCUUGCAAUGGGAUGAGUGUCCAAAGAUUCCAGCUGGGCGCCCUAGUGUGGGGCAAGCAUCGUGUAUCUUCCCAAGCCGCGGUGCUGGAAGUGGCAACAUUGAAGCAUGGGUGAAAGAGUGCGCUGGUGAUGACAGCUUAAUUCCAUACAUCCGCUCAUGGAGCGGCCUCUCUGCUUCAUGCGUGAGACAGGCGCUCCUGGUCUACCUUUGGAGCCAAGCAAAGACGUCGCAUCAUGCUUUGGACGCCGCGGCUACCUACCUCGCUCGCGCUGCUCCUCUGGUGAUUGUGCAGGUGGCCGUGUCGGCGAAGGAUGCCUUCGAUGCUUUGUUUGCCGCUACUUCGGCAGCGUUGAUGGCUCGGUUGAGCACAGACCCACCUGCAUCGGAGCUGUACCGGGCUUGUGAUUUCAUUAUACAAUACCUGCUUCAUGAUUGGGUCAGGUCUCAAAAUGUCGAGUAUGGAGUGGCCCCCACAAGGCAGCAGUUAGUAAGACAGGCUUUGCUCUUUGUUCCGGACGGCCUUCCAGAGGCUGUAGAGAACCGCCUGUGUUUGCCUUUCUAUGGUGGCCCUCCAUCCCAACGGGCAUAUUUGAGACGUUUUCGGAAAGCUUGGAACGGGCGCAUAGGCACCUUACCUGUCACAGCUUCUUUGCCAAUCCAUGUGUUGCAGGAGAAGGCCUAUUCUUUUUACCGGUGGGCCAACUGCAUCCCGCCAGACAAUAUUUUGGUCAACAUGGAUGAAUGUUCUUUGGCUGUGCACGUGGAAGGGUGCCGAGGUACUGUUUUGCGGUCUGUACGUGGUGCAGUGCGAGCAUCUUUGAGUACCCAGAGGUCCCGGAUGACGCUCUUAGCAUCAGUGUCUACAGACUUCGGUUUCAACGCAAUCUUGCCGCAGGUUAUCAUUGCCAACAAGACCCAGUUUCCCAUCAAAUUUAUGAAGUCCUUGGAUCCGGCAAUCACGGAUCGAUUGAAAAUUUGGCGUGGUGCCACCGCAUGGAAUACUGCUGCAUUCAUGUGUUCCUAUUUGCGUCUUCUACAUGAAAAUUGGCAAUCUUACUGCCCUGAAAAGCCUUUGACGCUCCUCUUCGACUGUGCUGCAUGCCACCUCCAUUCUACUGUGAGGUCAUUGGCCAAAACAUUGGGGUUGCAGGUCCUAGUGGUGCCGGCUGGUGCUACCGGUACACUUCAACCGCUUGAUGCAUAUAUUUUUCGCACCCUACGCUGUGAGAUCCGGCGGCAGUGGACGCAGACAAAGAGCGAAGCUGCUGAAGGUGUUGUUUCCCGAGAAGCAUGGCUACGUGUGAUGGCCACUGCAGUGGAGACAGUGCUUUCGCAUCGAGAUUGGCAGCGGGCUUUUGAAGGAACUGGAGUGACCAAGCAGCAGAAUUGCAUAUCGUCGCGUGCAUUGAAAGCCUUGCAAUGGGAUGAGUGUCCAAAGAUUCCAGCUGGGCGCCCUAGUGUGGGGCAAGCAUCGUGUAUCUUCCCAAGCCGCGGUGCUGGAAGUGGCAACAUUGAAGCAUGGGUGAAAGAGUGCGCUGGUGAUGACAGCUUAAUUCCAUACAUCCGCUCAUGGAGCGGCCUCUCUGCUUCAUGCGUGAGACAGGCGCUCCUGGUCUACCUUUUGAGCCAAGCAAAGACGUCGCAUCAUGCUUUGGACGCCGCGGCUACCUACCUCGCUCGCGCUGCUCCUCUGGUGAUUGUGCAGGUGGCCGUGUCGGCGAAGGAUGCCUUCGAUGCUUUGUUUGCCGCUACUUCGGCAGCGUUGAUGGCUCGGUUGAGCACAGACCCACCUGCAUCGGAGCUGUACCGGGCUUGUGAUUUCAUUAUACAAUACCUGCUUCAUGAUUGGGUCAGGUCUCAAAAUGUCGAGUAUGGAGUGGCCCCCACAAGGCAGCAGUUAGUAAGACAGGCUUUGCUCUUUGUUCCGGACGGCCUUCCAGAGGCUGUAGAGAACCGCCUGUGUUUGCCUUUCUAUGGUGGCCCUCCAUCCCAACGGGCAUAUUUGAGACGUUUUCGGAAAGCUUGGAACGGGCGCAUAGGCACCUUACCUGUCACAGCUUCUUUGCCAAUCCAUGUGUUGCAGGAGAAGGCCUAUUCUUUUUACCGGUGGGCCAACUGCAUCCCGCCAGACAAUAUUUUGGUCAACAUGGAUGAAUGUUCUUUGGCUGUGCACGUGGAAGGGUGCCGAGGUACUGUUUUGCGGUCUGUACGUGGUGCAGUGCGAGCAUCUUUGAGUACCCAGAGGUCCCGGAUGACGCUCUUAGCAUCAGUGUCUACAGACUUCGGUUUCAACGCAAUCUUGCCGCAGGUUAUCAUUGCCAACAAGACCCAGUUUCCCAUCAAAUUUAUGAAGUCCUUGGAUCCGGCAAUCACGGAUCGAUUGAAAAUUUGGCGUGGUGCCACCGCAUGGAAUACUGCUGCAUUCAUGUGUUCCUAUUUGCGUCUUCUACAUGAAAAUUGGCAAUCUUACUGCCCUGAAAAGCCUUUGACGCUCCUCUUCGACUGUGCUGCAUGCCACCUCCAUUCUACUGUGAGGUCAUUGGCCAAAACAUUGGGGUUGCAGGUCCUAGUGGUGCCGGCUGGUGCUACCGGUACACUUCAACCGCUUGAUGCAUAUAUUUUUCGCACCCUACGCUGUGAGAUCCGGCGGCAGUGGACGCAGACAAAGAGCGAAGCUGCUGAAGGUGUUGUUUCCCGAGAAGCAUGGCUACGUGUGAUGGCCACUGCAGUGGAGACAGUGCUUUCGCAUCGAGAUUGGCAGCGGGCUUUUGAAGGAACUGGAGUGACCAAGCAGCAGAAUUGCAUAUCGUCGCAUGCAUUGAAAGCCUUGCAAUGGGAUGAGUGUCCAAAGAUUCCAGCUGGGCGCCCUAGUGUGGGGCAAGCAUCGUGUAUCUUCCCAAGCCGCGGUGCUGGAAGUGGCAACAUUGAAGCAUGGGUGAAAGAGUGCGCUGGUGAUGACAGCUUAAUUCCAUACAUCCGCUCAUGGAGCGGCCUCUCUGCUUCAUGCGUGAGACAGGCGCUCCUGGUCUACCUUUUGAGCCAAGCAAAGACGUCGCAUCAUGCUUUGGACGCCGCGGCUACCUACCUCGCUCGCGCUGCUCCUCUGGUGAUUGUGCAGGUGGCCGUGUCGGCGAAGGAUGCCUUCGAUGCUUUGUUUGCCGCUACUUCGGCAGCGUUGAUGGCUCGGUUGAGCACAGACCCACCUGCAUCGGAGCUGUACCGGGCUUGUGAUUUCAUUAUACAAUACCUGCUUCAUGAUUGGGUCAGGUCUCAAAAUGUCGAGUAUGGAGUGGCCCCCACAAGGCAGCAGUUAGUAAGACAGGCUUUGCUCUUUGUUCCGGACGGCCUUCCAGAGGCUGUAGAGAACCGCCUGUGUUUGCCUUUCUAUGGUGGCCCUCCAUCCCAACGGGCAUAUUUGAGACGUUUUCGGAAAGCUUGGAACGGGCGCAUAGGCACCUUACCUGUCACAGCUUCUUUGCCAAUCCAUGUGUUGCAGGAGAAGGCCUAUUCUUUUUACCGGUGGGCCAACUGCAUCCCGCCAGACAAUAUUUUGGUCAACAUGGAUGAAUGUUCUUUGGCUGUGCACGUGGAAGGGUGCCGAGGUACUGUUUUGCGGUCUGUACGUGGUGCAGUGCGAGCAUCUUUGAGUACCCAGAGGUCCCGGAUGACGCUCUUAGCAUCAGUGUCUACAGACUUCGGUUUCAACGCAAUCUUGCCGCAGGUUAUCAUUGCCAACAAGACCCAGUUUCCCAUCAAAUUUAUGAAGUCCUUGGAUCCGGCAAUCACGGAUCGAUUGAAAAUUUGGCGUGGUGCCACCGCAUGGAAUACUGCUGCAUUCAUGUGUUCCUAUUUGCGUCUUCUACAUGAAAAUUGGCAAUCUUACUGCCCUGAAAAGCCUUUGACGCUCCUCUUCGACUGUGCUGCAUGCCACCUCCAUUCUACUGUGAGGUCAUUGGCCAAAACAUUGGGGUUGCAGGUCCUAGUGGUGCCGGCUGGUGCUACCGGUACACUUCAACCGCUUGAUGCAUAUAUUUUUCGCACCCUACGCUGUGAGAUCCGGCGGCAGUGGACGCAGACAAAGAGCGAAGCUGCUGAAGGUGUUGUUUCCCGAGAAGCAUGGCUACGUGUGAUGGCCACUGCAGUGGAGACAGUGCUUUCGCAUCGAGAUUGGCAGCGGGCUUUUGAAGGAACUGGAGUGACCAAGCAGCAGAAUUGCAUAUCGUCGCAUGCAUUGAAAGCCUUGCAAUGGGAUGAGUGUCCAAAGAUUCCAGCUGGGCGCCCUAGUGUGGGGCAAGCAUCGUGUAUCUUCCCAAGCCGCGGUGCUGGAAGUGGCAACAUUGAAGCAUGGGUGAAAGAGUGCGCUGGUGAUGACAGCUUAAUUCCAUACAUCCGAACCUUGAACUGA